CAAAAAAUUAUUUUCGUUUGAAUUUUCUACCCGCGUAGACAUGUUAUAUGUAUUAAAAUUACCGUAUAUCAUUUCGAAUCACUGAAACUGUGCGUUGCAUUAAUCGUGCCACGUGAAUUGUGAAUUUUUCAGUGAUAAGUUACAAGUUUUACCGGUUCGGAACACUUUCCUUUGCUUUCAUUUAAAUCGGUAACGAUGUCGCGCGAUCGCACCUCGAGGCGGUUCUACCGCGCGGAGUCCACUCACGACCUGCUGUCUUACAUGGACAAGGGUCAGGCGGCCCUGGAGGAGAACAGGUGGACCUUUGAAACCGCAUGGGAGGCAGCUAACAAAGUUGGCGGUAUUUACACGGUUAUAAGAUCCAAGGCGUACGUUUCGACUGAGGAAAUGGGAGAAAAUUAUUGUCUUUUGGGUCCAUUUAAGGAGCAAUGCGCAAGAACAGAAGUCGAGGAGGCAGAGUUCCCUCCCAACUCCCCCCUUACAACUGCUGUCAACGUUAUGAGAAGUCAAGGAUAUAAAGUCCACACGGGAACAUGGUUAGUUGACGGAAAUCCUCAAAUUAUUCUGUUCGACAUCGGUUCAGCCGCUUGGCAGAUGGACAGUUAUAAGCAGGAGCUGUGGGACACCACAUCCAUUGGCAUACCCCACCUGGACGUGGAGGCGAACGAUGCUGUUAUCCUUGGGUUCAUGGUGGCACAUUUUAUCACUGAGUUCCGUAAAGCAGCGGAAGGCUACAGCGAUACUCCGCCACGAGUUGUCGCGCACUUCCACGAGUGGCAAGCUGGCAUCGGUCUGAUUGUUUUAAGGGUUCGUCACGUUGACGUAGCGACAGUGUUCACGACUCAUGCAACACUGCUCGGCCGGUACCUCUGCGCUGGCAACACUGACUUCUAUAAUAACUUGGAUAAGUUCUCUGUGGACGAGGAGGCCGGCAAGCGGCAGAUUUACCAUCGCUACUGCAUGGAGCGCGCAGCGGCGCACAUGACGCACGUCUUCACCACCGUCUCCGACAUCACGGGUUACGAAGCGGAGCAUCUUCUGAAACGGAAGCCGGACUUCAUCACACCGAACGGUCUGAAUGUCAAGAAGUUUUCCGCGCUGCACGAGUUUCAGAAUUUACACGCGUUAGCCAAGGACAAGAUAAACGAAUUCUCUAGAGGACAUUUCUAUGGGCACUUCAACUUCGACCUCGACAAAACCUUGUAUUUCUUCAUUGCUGGACGAUACGAGUUCGGCAACAAAGGCGCGGACAUCUUCAUAGAGGCGCUGGCGAGGUUGAACCAUUAUUUGAAGUCUUCAGGCUCUGAAAUGACAGUGGUUGCGUUUCUAAUAUUUCCCGCGAAAACAAAUAACUUCAACGUGGAGAGUCUGAGGGGGCACGCCGUCACGAAGGCUCUGAGGGACACGAUCAACGACAUACAGCAGAAGAUCGGCAAGCGAAUGUAUGACAUAUGUUUGAGCGGUCACUUGCCGGACGCGUCUGAUCUCCUCCACAAAGAGGACACGGUUCGCCUCAAGCGCUGCAUCUACGCGCUCCAGCGCGACGGCCUGCCGCCCGUCACCACGCACAAUGUUGUGGACGAUUGGAGUGACCCCGUGUUGAACUCCGUGCGUCGCUGUCAGCUGUUCAAUACGGUCAACGAUAAAGUUAAAGUGAUCUUCCACCCCGAGUUCCUGACGUCCACAAACCCGCUGUUCGGUCUGGACUACGAGGAGUUCGUCCGCGGCUGCCACUUGGGCGUGUUCCCCUCCUACUACGAGCCGUGGGGGUACACGCCGGCCGAGUGCACCGUCAUGGGCAUACCCAGCAUCACCACCAAUCUAUCCGGAUUCGGUUGUUUCAUGCAAGAGAACAUAGCGGACCCCAUGUCCUACGGUAUAUACGUGGUGGACCGCCGGUAUAUAUCACUGGAGGGUUCCGUGCAGCAGCUAGCGCAGUACAUGUUUGAUUUUACCAAAUUGACGCGUCGACAACGUAUCAUCCAGAGGAACAGAACUGAAAGACUGUCAGACCUCAUGGACUGGAGGAAUCUAGGAAUUUAUUACCGUCAAGCGCGAGCCCAAGCGCUGAAGAUAGUGUACCCAGACUACGUGGAUCAUAUGGACCAGGAGCUCGGCAAGAGGUUCAACUACCCCCGACCCAUCUCCGAACCCCCCAGCCCCACACAUUCUAGAGCGACCACACCAGCGGCAUCAGUUCACGGUUCAGAAGACGAAGAUGAAGUAGACGAAGAGAAGGAACUAGCUGAAUUGAGAAUUUCUGAUAAAUAAUUUACAUAUAAACAAUAUAGGUUAC